AUGUUUGCCAACACCGCACCAAGCGGAGCUUCUGGUGGCGUCAUUGGUCUUCACACCAUCCACAAUUCUGGAACUGCUCUCGGGUCGCUCGGAGCUCAUUCAAAUACUCACAAUCCUCAACAGCUCCAGCAGCUUCAACAACAAACCUCGACUCCUGCGGUUCCCUCUGGCAACUCGACUAUGGGACCAAACUCCGGUGGACCUGCGACAGGCGACCUUAAUGGUGCUCAGCCUUCACGGCGCCCAAGUGGUCUUCCGUUGUACAAUGUCGCUGCUCAAAACGGUCUACCACACUAUCUUGGCUACGGACAGUCCUCCUCUGCACCUCUGCCCUCUGCCGGUCCCGCUGCUCCUAUCCACCCCUCACACACCCUUCAACGGACCACCUCAUUUUCUUUCAAUUCUCCUCAUCUCCCUUCGCAACACCUCUCGUCUACCCCGGCCUCCGCGCCUCCUUCGGCGACAUUACCCCCCUCAAAUCGAUCCCCAUCUAUGUCUGCACCUGCUCACAACACACAAGCUCCUGCAAAUCACGCCCACUCACAGGGUCGCUCCAGUCUACCACCAUCGCUUCCCGGUCAAUGUGGUCCAAAUGUGAAUGCUGCGCUCACUAGCGCUGAUUCAUCCCGAGCACAGCCGGUGCCUCUCAUCGCUCGUUCCGCAACCUCCACAGACGCCAUGUCACUUUCCGGCUCCGCUGCUAAGCGCAAUCCGAGUAAUGGCGCAUGUCAUUCACCUGGCACACUCUCGAACCUUGGCAUCUCUGGUCACCCACCCGCUGGAUCUCAACCCGGUCCUUCCUCCAUGGGAGUCUCCUCCGCGCCUGGCUGUGGAUCUUCGUCAGCCGAUGCCAGCCGAUUCUUUAAUACUUACCUGUACGAUUAUCUACUCAAACAAGGACUCUUUGAAGUCGCGCAAGUAUUUGUGACCAGCGGUGCUGAGAUUGAAUUGAUGGAAAACGCUGAGCGAUCUGGAUUAGCCGAAAUGGCGAACGUAUCAUCUUCCCAGAAGCAAGAUAGGUCUGACAGCUCGCCCAAUGACGGGCCAUCGUCGUCUCCACCUCAACCUACCUCGAAUGGCUGUCUAACACAAGUAGGGGCUCCGAAUGGCAUAAUGAAGAAUGGUACUGCAGCUAGUGAGCCCGUCGCAAAUGAACGUACUCUGUCUUCCUCUGGCUCAAUCGUCUCGAAUACUUCACAUUACGGUUUUAACCAUAUAGCUGGCAGUCGAUCCGGAGCUGCGAAUGACGCAUCCAAUGGCCAGUCAUCGAUUACCGAUCAAACACCCAAUGGAGUUGGUGCCAGUGCCAGUGCCGGAACGUCGAACACUUCUAUGGGCUCCCCCAGAUCCUCACCGCGAAUCCGACACUUGACCCUUGAGAACCUCCCGAAGCCAAAGCUAGCCAUGGACACAGAUCAAGGCUUCCUUUUCGAAUGGUGGACUAUCUUCUGGGAUGUAUUUCGAGCUAAGACCGGCCGCGGCUCGAAUACACAGCCUGCUCAAAUGUAUGCUCAUAGUGUCGCAGCUGCCUCUCUGGGAAUGUCACUAGAAGCUGGCACACCCAAAGCUAGGCGCGAUGCAGUCGGUCUUGUCGCUGUUGCGAAUCCUGACAUUCAAAGAGGUCAAUUGGGUGCUCGAAUGCAGCAACCAUACACCUUGAUGGAUUCACAAAUGCAUCUAGCUCACCAUGCUGAACAUCCACCGGCGUCUGCGGUGCGGCUUCAGCCUCAUCCUCAUAUGACUCCGCAACAGAAACAUCAGCUUUUGCUUGAACACAAUGCUCGUCAACAUCAACAACAACAACAAGUGCUUCUUCAGCAACAGCAGCAGCAUAUACAACAGCAACAACUUCAGCAUCAUCAUCAGGCACAGAUGGCAGCUCGUCAAAGACUCUAUCAACACGAAAUGCAACAGCAGCAACAGCAAGAAGCCCAUCUUCAACAACAACAGCAAUCGCACCAGCAACAGCAUCAUCAGGCCCAACAAUUACAUCAGCAGAUGUAUUCUGAACAGUUUCCCGGUGGCCAGAUGGGCGCGUUACAUCGCCAAAUGUCCAUUAAUGGUCGACGAGUUGCGGGAAUGGGUCCGCCAGGCCAAGAUCAUCUCAGUAAUAUGAUGCCUCCACCCCCAGUCCAACAUGGGUCUCCGCUGAAUCCUCAUCAGCAACCGCCAUAUCGCCCUUCGCGCCCUCCUAGUCGAUCCGGUGUUCCCCAUGUCUCUAGUCCAUUUGCUGGAAACGCAGGCCAACCUCCACGAGAGCCUAGUCGUGCCUCCAAUCAUGCCAACAGCCCCGCCGCUUUCCAAAACAAUCCACGUACCCCCGGAAGCCACUGUUCUGCUGUGACCCCUCAGGCUGCUGUUCUACCACCUCAUCGCAGAGGUAGUCCAGGCGCGGCGGAAGACCAAGAUCGUAAAAAGCGACGAUUAAACGACAACCCGGGACACCAGCCUGCUGAAUCACUCCAUGCAAACAACCAAUCCCAGCAGGCACAGCAAGCGCAGCAGCAAAUGCAGCACAUGCACAUGCAACAACUCCAACAUCGCCAACAGAUGAUGGGCAGUAACGCUUCGACUCCGGUUCCAGCUUCUCAAGGCUCACCCCCUAAUAUGAACCACACGCCUCAUCAAAGCAUGGAUGCAUACAAGCAGGCUGUACAUGCUCAGCACGCGCAAGGUAUCGCAGCUCCCAAUGUCGCAAACCAAAUGGUUGGCAAUGGUCCCAACCCAGCCGGUAACGUCACUCCCGCCAAGGCCAACGGAGCCAAGACCACGGACAACAACAUGCCACCCCCAGCGGGCCGUAAUUUCCAUCAACCCCCGACUCCACAGGCUACUCCCAACGGAACUCGACCAGGUGAUGAACAUGCCACGCCUUUGCCUACCAUCGUCACUCCUUCGCCUGAUCGAUCGCAAUCAAACCAAUCGAAUAGGCUUGUGAAUCAACCUGAAGGCAAGACUGAAGCUUCGGAAGGAACACCCCACCAUCAACCAUCACCAAUGACUCUUCCACCAGGACAGACAUCUGAUGACUCGCAAGUCAAUGGGGACGCUUCCGGUCGACCUAACAGCAACUCCGAUGAAACACCAUCCCAAGGAGACAUCAAGGUUCAGCAGUCGACGCACGAAGGCAACCAAGACCUGUGGCUCAUGGGUAACAGUCAGGGGACACAGCAGAUGAAAGGAAUGCUUGGAGAAAGCAGCGACUCGCCUACCAAUGCCCAACCUUCAGGCGAUAUUGCUGUUUCCAGCAAUAACCCGAUCGAACAGCUCUUCAAUGGGGAUGGGUUGAAUGGAGAUACAAGCGGUUUGGACUUUGAUGCUACGCUAUUCGAAGCUUUCAUUAACUACGACCCUACUACGACAACUACCGAAUACAGCUAGGUUUCGCCAGUAUUCUCGUUCAUCUUCCUCCUGAGUAACGCAUCAGAUAGGUUGCCGUCGCAAAAUGUCGCCGGGUGUUGGUAAUUUCUUUAUCGCUUGCUUGUCUUGUCCUAUUUGUUUUUAUCUCGCUGUCGAACUUUUUCUUUGAAUAUCUCAAUCCUUCCCCCUUUCUAUCAUGAGAGUAUCUCGCAAGGAGGGAAACCGAUCUCUUCCACAUCAGAUUUUGUUGCACAGUAGAAGAAAAAGUGUAAAUAUCAGGGUAUUCUUAUGUUGUUUUGUUUCUUUCUCUUUUGGAUGUCGAUUUAACUUGGGUUUGUUGGAUUUAUUAUCUUCGACUUUUCUUUUCCUUUUCAAAACUUGACGCUAUGCAUGUGUUUUUGUGUGUUUGUGGACUGUAGGUAUGAGAAGACCUUCUCUACUACUUUGUCUCGUUUUUUCGUCUUCCGAUUCUUUUCCUGCUCUUCUUUCUUCUUUUCCCUUAUCAAUUUGUAUCAAGAGGUACUAAUUUUUUUUUCGAAGGCUUUUUUGUUUUUGUUUGUGUGUGUGUAUGUCUUACAAUCUACCUAUCUAUUUAAAUUUUUCUUCCUUCCCUUGGCAUGAAAAGUGUGUUAUGUUAUAUUGAAAAUGAUUUGAAUUUUCUUCUUUUUUUUUCUGACUGAUUGAUUGUUUGAUUACUAAGGAACAGUUAGUAAUCUGAUGACAUCACUGAGUAAUGUUUUUGAAUGUAAAUAAUUAUUUGCCACCUU